GUCUUUUCAAAUAACACAUGAAAUGAUAUUAAUAAACGCAUCCAUAUGCAGAUCCUGCUGUUUCUGGAGCAGUUACUCAGGACUGGAUUCAGUAGGGCUGCACUCCUGUUGUCUCCAUAAAAUGAGCACAAGCUCUCCAAUACUGUGGGACUGAAAGCUCAUACAUUAGCGCUACUACACCCAGGACUAAUAAUAAUAAAAAUCAUAUUUUUACAUUGUGUAAAGACAAAAUGAAGAGGACAUGGAAGCUCAAUCUGGGGAAAAGACAAGACUGAGAGAGAGAGACUCUGAAGCUGCAGUAAAGGAAGGACAACAGCUAUUACCAGCAGACCCUGAAAACGUUGAGGAAACUCCAGGUAAGGCAGAAUUAACUCUGCGCUGAACAGAAACAUGUCUCAUAAUGAAACAGCAGUACUGAAAUGCCUCUGUUUCAGGGUUGGGAUCAAUUACCCUGCAGUUCAGUCAGUUCAGGAAAGGAAAUAAAUUGCGAAAUACCCAUAAAACAUUGUGGACAUUUUUCAAGCCAUGAAUUAAAUUUGAAAUUUCUUGAGUUGGCUUGACCCUUAACUAUUUAAGUAUUUUAGAUGAUUAACCAGAUAAUUUAUCGUAUAAACCUUUUGUAAAUGUCCAACAAGUGAUUAACCAUACAUUUUCUAUCCCCAUUCACAAAAGUCAACACUUAUCCUUCACUAUGGGUCAGAAUUUAAGUAUAAAGUGCUAAACCUUUACUUUGAAUUUGCCAAAUUGUGAAGGUGAAGACCAAAUAUAACUGCAUUACAUGCAUUAUUGUGUGUGAAGAGUGAGGAAACAUGGGGAUUGAAUCCUGGCCUUAUUAUAAAGCAGGAUCAGAUAUUCACCUGUGAGCCUCCUUGCAUUUGUACUGUACUCAGCACACACAACCUUAUUUCCUCUGUUUGUACAGUACACGUUUGGGAAAUAGUGAAGCAGUAUGAGAACAUGAUGAGCCCAGGUAAGACCCAUGAUGAGCAUCAGAAGACAGCACUGAUUGAGCAGCACAAAGGGACUGAUGGGAGUGCUGGAAUUUCACAGGAGGAGAGUCAGACAGAAUCACUAAAUCGGGGUGAAGAUUCUGAAGAGAGAGGAGUGGAGACUGAGGGGGGGAACUCUAAACACCCCUCCUCUGGCACUGUCCCGUCCAGCGCUCCUGAGUCUCCACCUGCUGCUCCACCCAAAACAGAAAAUGAAGAGGAGACCUUCCACCCUCCCGAAUCCAGCCCCUCUCCUCUCCACCCCCCUAAUUCUCCCACCCAUCCAGCACCAGCUCUAGUACAGACUCAGGACCAGGAAGAGGAAACAGAAACAGCAGGAGCAGCAGAAUCUACUGAUGAGACUGGAGCCAAUCAGACAGCAGGAGCCCAGUGGCAGAAAGAGAAGAGGGGGGGGCAGGAUGGAGGUAGUGAUGGGGGCAGGGCUCAGCCCAGUGGGGCAGGAGGGGGAGGAGCUGAGAACCCAACAGCAGAUCCAGCCCAGGAGCUCCCCAGCAGCCCAGAGGAAGAGGAGGAUAGACGGGGUCCAGACACCGAUGGGGGGGCAGCCCACAAAACACCUGAUGGGAGUGCUGGAAUUGCACAGGAGAGUCAGACAGUAGGCCCUCUGGAUACAUCAGAGCUGUAUGGAGACUGGCUGGGCUCAGUAAAGCAGGUUGUAGGCUGGUGGAUCCCAGGUAUGACCCAUGAUGAGCAUCAGAAGACAGUACUGACUGAGCAGCACAAAGGGACUGAUGGGAGUGCUGGAAUUUCACAGGAGGAGAGUCACACAGAAUCACUAAAUCGGGGUGAAGAUUCUGAAGAGAGAGGAGUGGAGACUGAGGGGGGGAACUCUAAACACCCCUCCUCUGGCACUGUCCCGUUCAGCGCUCCUGAGUCUCCACCUGCUGCUCCACCCAAAACAGGAAAUGAAGAGGAGACCUUCCACAGUCCCCCAUACAGCCCAUCUCCUCUCCACCUCCCUAAUUCCCCCCCCCAUCCAGCACCAGCUCCAGUACAGAAUCAGGACCAGGAAGAGGAAACAGAAAGAGCAGCAGAAUCUACUGAUGAGACUGCAGCCAAUCAGAGAGCAGGAGCCCAGAGGCAGAGAGAGAAGAGGGAGGGGCAGGAUGGAGGUAGUGAUGGGGGCGGAGCUUAGCCCAGUGGGGCAGGAGGGGGAGGGGACGAAAGUGUCCCAAAACCAGAUUCAGAUCAGGAUAUAGACCCCACAUCAGCAGGGGAAAAUCUAAGUGUCCCACUCACUGAGCCAUUAAGCACAGCUGACCCAGCCCAGGGACUCCCAGACACCACGGCCCGUUCCCCCCCUCACACUGGAGCAAGUGAGGAGUCCUGCUGUGCAGAGGAAAGCCCAACAUCAGGCCCAAAUCUAGAGCCCAACAGCACCUCUGAGGCAGAGGAAGACAAGAAGAGAGGGAGAGAGGAGAGGAAGGAUUCACAGAGGGGUCCCCCCCAGUAAAGCCCCCGAAACCCCCUACAGUCCCUAAAAAACCCACUAAACCCCCUACAGUCCCUAAAAAACCCACUAAACCCCCUACAGUCCCUAAAAAACCCCUUAACCCCCUACAGCCCCUAUAAAACCCCUUAACCCCUACAGCCCCCAGACCCUUGAGCAGGACUGUCCCAGAUCACACAGGAGGGAGAGACACAGGAGAGCGGGGCACUGUGUCACAUGACACAGGAUGAAAAGACUGCAGACACAGGAAAAGCAGCUCCUAAGCCUGAGAACACAGGAGAUCAUUUAAUGAACUGGGGCCUCAUUUACAAAAAUGUUCUUAGAUUUAUACUUGAACUUAGUCUUAAGAUCAUUUGCGAUGGUGUGCUUACGUUUGAUUCAUAAAAGAUACUGAGCAUAAAAAACCUUGUUUACGCAGGAUCUAAGAAGCCCAUUUGUAACUUACGCACCUGUGAUCUAUAAAUCUCAAAUUAACUUAAAAUUGACGGCACCUCAACGUGCCUUACAAUCAGCGAUUUCCCCUUAUAUAAUGCUAGCACAAAUGAGGGUUUAUAGUCAGGAAAAACCAUGAACCAAAAGAGAAAAGCAAACCUUUUGGAAGAUGAGAUCAUGGCGAUGGUAGAGGAGAUUGAAGACAGGCAACACGUAUUAUUCAGUGGACUAAAUAGUGGGUUGACAAACAAAGCCAAACAGGUCGCUUGGGAGUGUGUCGCUGCUGCAGUGAACGAGGUGGGGCAGCAAAAAGCUCAUGCCAAGUUCACCACAGGCUUGGACUCGUAUUUGUCCCAAACUGCAAUACCCCUACAUAACCAGCAGGAAACCCAGUUGCCACUCAAUUCUAGACGUUGUGUAGGGAUAAUAUCAUUUCCAUGUCAAAGUAAGGUUUUACAAAUAACUACUUAUAUGUGGUUUUCUGCCUAAGUCAUACUAAAGAUCAAAAUUGAUCGUAAGUUCGUUUUAUAAAUGAGGCUCCUGUUCUGUAUUUAAUUCCUUUUGGCCAGCUAUGGAGGUGUUUCAGUGCUAAUCCUUCUCAUUUCUCUCUCAUGAUCUGUAGAUUAUAGUGUGUGAUGUGCACCAGUGCAGCCCCUGUCACUUUUAUAUACUGAAGGCCACAAUUAUGAAGAAAUGAAUCUAUGUAUUAGCAGAACCAGUUGAGAAUAAAUCGUUUGUUAUUGUGGUAUUGUAUUUUCUAUUAAAUUGAGGCAUUUUCUAUUAAAUUGAGGCAUUUGAAUCAUUAUAGGCAUUGAAUUUAAAAAAAAAAUUAAUUUUAUAAUAUUCCAUGCCCUGUUUUGUAUUGUUAUCCAUUUGAAAUGUAUUUUGUUAUUCUCAUGUACAGUAGGUAUACACUGUAUGGAGAGUCUAUUCCAUCUGACCAAUAGGGGAGCCAGUUGUAACACAACCCUACCUGUACUUCAUGCCUUUUGACCACAUAAAGCCCGAAGACCCUC